AUGGACCCAUUUGCUACAAAAUAUCUUAGACAACAUCCCAACGCCACUGAUGAAAAAAUAUACGAAGAGUACCUUAAGACACAACAGGCGAAACAAUUCGCGUUCGACGUUGACGGUAGCACAGCCACCAAGGCCGCUUUUUUUGAGCAAACAUAUAUCGACAGACAUGGAGUUCUUCGGACCUUUCUUGAUCACAUAAACGAUUCAUUAAAUAAAUGGGACACAGUAAAAUAUCAUUCACCAUUGGUAGCUCUGGCGCAAGCAUCAACCAUAGGGAAGUCAAAAAUGUUAUGGGCAGCUGCAGAGCACGUCUAUACGACAGCAUCAUUCACCCCAUACCUGGGUAAUCAGGCGGAAUUUUGGAAUGUUAUUGAAGAGGGAAUGAAGAAGUGCAUGGACGAGGUUCGAAAUAUAAUCGGCAACAGUAAAGAUUAUGAUGACGCGAAAUGGCAUUCUGUCAAGCAGUUAGUCAAGAUGUGUUGGGAUUCUUUGAAAGAAACGUUAAACAGUGAUGAACCAGAAAGCGGGAUACGAUUAUUAUUCGUAUUCGAUGAAGCCAAAAUACUGACUGAAAGAGAAACAAACUGUGACAAAACAAAUUUCGAAUGUUUGCAACAUGCACUGGCUACCCUACCUGCAUACGAAUCAGGUGGCCGUGCAUUUGCUAUCGUCACCGAUACAGCAUCGAAAAUAUCAAACUUUGCUCCAUCAGCUCGUCGUGACCCUUCUUAUCGUGUUCAGAAGUACAGGUUAGCCCUGUAUCCGCCGUUUUAUCAUAUUGCCACAUUGAACACUUUCAUGACACAAGCAACAGAACCAAAGACGUUAAAGCAAGUGACCUCAUCGCAAUACUUCUUUCGCUAUGGGCGGCCUCUUUGGGGUGGAUUGCUCAAAGCUAUAGAUGCUUACUCAAGCAAGCAAGUGUUAAGUCCUGAAAAGAUCGGAGGUCUUGACCUUGAAGAUUGGAUCACGAGGAACCAUAACAAGAAAAUAACAAUAUCAGAAUCUAUUGCAGUCCUUGGAUCACGAUUGUGUAUCGAUAUUGUGCCCCAGACUGAAUUGGCCACGGAACUUGUUGGUAGUUAUAUGAGUUUGUGCUAUUACCUAUCCGAUACUCAUGAGACAGUUAUGGUCGAUUAUCCAUCGGAUCCAGUACUAGCAGAAGCAUUGGCUCAUAUAACAAAUAAUACUAAUAGAAUCGGGUUAACACACUACCUAAGCGCACUCAUCAAUGCUCUCCGAGUAGGAUCAGUCGAAGCAUAG